AUGGCAAGAAGAAUGCAGCUUUCUGAACUUGAAAUUCUCCAAACCUUAGGAACAGGUAUCCCCUAGACAGGCUCAUUUGGCAGGGUAAAGCUCGCAAGAAUGAAAUCAACCAACCGGUUCGUUGCGUUAAAAAUCCUCAAGAAAUUCGACAUUGUAAAACUAAAACAAGUCGAUCACGUAAAUUCAGAGUUUGCAAUCCUUCGCCAAAUAAACCACCCAUUUCUAGUAAACCUUAUAGGCUACACUCAAGAUGAGAGCUACUUAUAUUUCGCAUUAGAGUUUAUUCAAGGAGGCGAACUAUUUACAUAUUUGCGCAGUGUCAUAAAGCUCGACAACAAUCAUGCGAAACUUUAUGCUGCACAAAUAGUCCAAAUGUUUGAGUAUUUGCACCGGAUGAAUAUUAUUUAUAGAGAUCUUAAGCCUGAGAAUUUAUUAAUAGCUGCCGAUGGGUAUUUGAAGCUAACAGAUUUUGGGUUUGCCAAGAGGGUGGAAGGGAGGACUUAUACUUUGUGUGGGACGCCUGAGUAUAUAGCGCCUGAAAUUUUAUAGUGUUUUGCAUGAGGUGUUAAAAAAUAUAUUGGAAAAAAAAAUUUGGGGAAUAUUAAUUUGAGAAAAAAAUACUAAAUAAAGGACAUGGGAAAGCAGUGGAUUGGUGGACACUUGGGAUUUUUCUUUAUGAAAUGCUUGCAGGAAUCGACCCUUUUAGUGAUGAAGAUCCUAUGGCGAUUUAUCAAAAAAUCCUCAAGUGCAAAAUAAAAUUCCCAAGGAAUUUUGACACAGAUGCUAGAAGCCUUGUAAAGCAUUUAGUAGUGAUCGACCUCUCCAAGCGUUAUGGGAAUCUUAAAGGCGGCUCAAAUGAUAUCUCUAUUCCCACUAAUCAAGAACCCGCUAAUUAUUCUUUUUAAAAAAAAAAAAGAUUAGUCAUCAGGCAUAUCAAAAACCAUAGAUGGUUUUCAGGUUUUGACUGGUCAAGACUUCUUCUGAAAUCACUUGAUAUGCCAUAUAAACCAAGGGUCAGCUCCCCUAGUGACACCACCAAUUUUGGAAAUUACCCAGACUCCGCUACUUUGUCUCCGCCGAUACGAGCCUCAGAUGACCCAUUUUUAGAUUGGUAA